UAGGGAGGGCUGGUGUUCCAAGCCCAAUCUAUAAAAGAGACAAUAAUCUCCACAACACGAUCAUAAUCAGUCAUGUGGAGCUGUGAGUGCAGAGGCCGUGAGGAGCCGGCGCAGAGCAGCAUCCUCUUCAGCCUCCUGAACAGAGGCUCCGCGCGUCCCCAGGCACAGGUGGAGACACCCGCUGCGCACCAGCGCGCCACCUGCGCCUCCAGCGGCGAACCCGAGGCCAUCCGGGCCGCGCAAGGCGAUUUCAGAGCGGCCUGCGAGGUGCUCGUGAGAACCUUCCGGUUCGUGAGAAGCGUCCCCUGUUUUCGGUGUCUGCCCGUGGAGGACCAGCUGCGGCUCGUGCGCAACAGCUGGGCGCCGCUGCUGGUUUUGGGCAUGGCGCAGGACUCCGUGCGCUUUGGCGCGGCGGAGACGCAGCAGCAGCAGCAGCAGCCCAGUCUGUUACACCGGAUUUUGACGCACAGCAAAGAGGGACAGCAGCGCACCGCGCCCGGGACUCCGGACCCCGACGUGGUGACCGUCGGUGACGUGGAGGGGAUCAGACUGUUUCUGCUCAGGUGCAGAGGACUGAGGAUCAGCGUCAAAGAGUUUGCGUUUCUGAAAGGAGCGAUACUGUUCAGCCCGGAGGUGUCGGAGCUGGAGUGUCGGGACUACAUCCGCGCGCUCCAGACGGAGGCUGAGCGCGCGCUGUACGUGCACGUGAGGACCGUGCACCGGGGGAACGCCGCUCGGCUCUGCAGGCUGCGCGCGGCGCUGAAUGCGCUGCGGGCCAUGGACCCGCGCGCGGUGGCGGGACUCUUCUUCCGACCCGUGACCGGCACGAGCUGCGUAGACGAGCACGUGCUCGCGAUGUUUUUUCGAGGGUUAGAAUGAAAAAUCCAGGUUAAAGUGUGGGUGAUUUUUUAUGAUGGACGCCUGUUUCAAUUUCAUUUGUUAAAAACUGUUUUCCUUUAUUCGUGACUUUUUAAUUUUGUUGGGUUUUUUUUCUCUCCAAUUGAGGACCAAUAAUAACAGACAGCGCUGAUUCCAAGCCUGGACACUGUUUUAUUCUCUGACACAUGGCAUCUGUGGAGUCGACUUGAAUGCAGAGGCCCAGUUAUUGGACUGGAUCAAGACAUGCAUUAGCAUGGGGGGGGAGAUUUCAUACAACCAAUAAAUCUCACAUAAAGAACCCCCCCCCCCCCCAUGCUAAUGCAUCUCUUGGUCCGGUCCAAUCACUGGGCCUCUGCAUUUAAGUCGCCUCCACCCUCAGUCAGACCUUUUGGCCAAACCAGGAAGGAAGGACUGAUGCAGCAGACACACGGUAACUCAAAGACAAGGAGAAUCGUAUAUUACAACAGACAAAAAACAAUGUUGUGCCCCUCGUUUAGAAAAGUGCAGUGUCAAAUAACAAUAAACAAGAUCCUAAAGGAAAAUUGACUGUUUGUUUUGUGGCUCCGAACAAAGAUUUUGCUUCCUGGUUGUCAUGUGCUGCUGUUUUGUUGAAACAUCUCCUCAUACACAGCUCACUUUGUGCAAGUUCAAGCAUCCCUUACUGGAUUGAAGCGGUAGCCUGCAGGCGGACACUCAACAUGUCCUUGAUGACCAAACCUCAGUCUGCUGCUUUGAUUUUCAUAAUUCUGAACUUGGUGUGAACUCCAACAUUCUUAGUGUCUUUGCUUUGGGGCGCAACCAGUUUGUUUUAAGAGCAGACUCAUUUCUACUCACUUGAUUCUCAAGCCUCAAGACAAACGGAGAACAGGGGCCUCAACUGUAAAUCUUUCAGCUAAAAUUGUAAUUAUUAGGCGACAGUGUUGUGGUUUUGAAGCCGACAUGAAAUCCUUUAGUUGUAAAAAGUAAUUCAAUGAAAAAUGACUGCUCUGGGAGUUUUUUUAAAAGUGGCUCAAGACCUUCAAGACCUUUAAUUUGUUGACACCAUUAAAGAUUUGUGA